UAUGAUUCGAUUUGGAAAAUCACCAUAACCUAUUUAAAGGAACCCAAAAAAACCAGAUAAUUUAGAAAUUCUAACACUUUUAGAUAAUUGCACAUGUAAUGAAUAUAUUAUAAAUUAGUAAUUUUCAAGGAUGAUAGGAUUGCAUUAAGAAAUAUGGUAAAAGAAGGAAAUCAAGAUGUCAUAGCAAUACUGAAUCAAUAUAAGAAGGGUAAUAAUCUUAAAGAUUUAUCAACUGAUUUAAGAAAAUAUCUUAGAAGAAAGGGAGACAAAGAAAAUGAAAAAGUUCUUACUUGUUAAUCUCCUACAUCCAACAGAAUUUAAAAAGUCUAACAAUUACAAAUAUAACCUUUACAAAAUAGUUAAAAGAAAUCAUGCCCUGAUUUAUGGAAACCAGUUGAAUAACAAUCUCCAAAAGCAAUAAACUUAUGUAAAAAUAAUUAAUUUGUUAAUGAUGUUCAAUUUUCAGAAAUUGUACUUUCAGAUAGAAAUUAAAAUGAAUCUAAGGAUAUAGAAUAAAUUUAAUUUUAAACUAACAUAUCAUAAUAAUAUGCAUUUCAUCAACCAACUACUAAUUAAUUAGAUCAUUCUUAAACAAUUCAAUAGAGCAGUUAAUUAUAAAAUAGUUAACAACAUUAAAUAUAAGAUUAAGACAUAGAUAUAAAUGAAGAAGAUGAUAUCCAAUCUGAAUCUUCUAAUGAAAGCAUUUUAAAUUAGAUCUCUCAACCACCUCCUUAAAUAUAAGAUAUUACUCCAAAAAAUGAAAUCAAACCAUCAUAACUAUUUCAAAGUGGACAUUCCACAUAUUUAUAAAUAAACACUUGUUAAUCUUAUCUUUAACCUAUAUUAACAAUUUAAGAAAAAUCACCAGUUGUUCUUAAAUUAUAAGAAGAUGAAAAUAAAAUUAUCGUAAAGGAUUCUUAAAAAUACUAUAGUUUUUAUAAUUAUUAAGAUUAUUAAAAAGUAGCAUAACCAUAAUAUAAGCAUUUAUUUACUCAUUGGCCAUCCCUAUUACAUAAAUUAGAUCGACCUGAAUUUGUACCAAAUUAUAGAGUUGUACCUUAUAUUAAUUCAACUCCUGAAUAAAUAUUUUCUAUCUUGUUUCCUAAUUCUGGGAAAUCUAAAAUAAGUUAUUUUGCAUUUGAGAACCAAUUAAAAUAUAAUUUAUUAUAAAUUGAUAGAGAUUCAUUAUUUAAAGAAUUAGAUAAAGAUUAAGAUGAUUGGAUAAAUUAUAGAGAAACUGGUGUUAUUCUAGAAGGCUUAUGUUUAUAAGUAGAAUAACCAAAGAAUUGUGUGAAAGUUAUAUUUGAAACUUUGAAAGGGUCUCCAACCAUACCUAACACUUUAACACUUUAAGAUUUAGAAUUAUUUGAAAAAAAAACAGAUUUUCAAUUUGCCAGAUAGUAUAUAGUAUAUUUUUAUAAUUUAGAUUAAUGUAAGAAGUAGAUGGAAUAUAACAAGGACAUCUUACUUAUUGGGAUUUAUACAUGCAUCGUGACAUAUAUCUAAUGGAAAGAUUAUGUUAGAUAGUUUCAUAAAUUACAGGUGCCACUCAUUAACAUUAGUGA